GCAGUCAAGCGGGUGGCUCAAGAGAGCUCUUGAGAAUCGGGAGGAAAAUGGCGGAAGAGGAACUUCGAGACAUAAUACAAAGAUGUCAAAUUCUAGAUGAGCAGGAAUUUAAAGGAGAAGACUUUAAUCUCUUUCAAGUUGCUGGACAAAAGUGCUUGGAAGAAGGCUAUAUAGCUGAAGUAUUGGAAGUUGUUCAAAAUGAGAAAAAUAUGGUUAUUGUUAAAAGUAUGGGCUGGAAUCUUGUUGGCCCUUUAAUCAGAUGCCUACUGAAGUAUAAGCAAGAUGAUGUUGAGAGAGAGCACUGCCUGAAAAUACUAGAUAAAUUGACAGAGCUAUGCAGUGCAAAAGAGCUUGUUCUUGCUUUUCUGGAGCAGAUUGAACAAGCCUCUAAGGAACAGACAUCCCAAACCGUUUUGCUUUUGCUUAAACCCCUGCAAAAAGUGCUUCUAAAACUUCAUUAUAAGAAAGCGUAUUCGGUGGGGUUGUCAUUGUCUACCAUUUUGAACCAGCUGUCACAUCUGCCAGUACCUUACACAAAACAGCAACUCCAAGAAGACAAGCAUGGUCUCUGUCAGUGUUGCAAUGCUUUGGCAGAUUUUGUUAAACCUUUUGUGGAUGAGGUUGUUCAACAGAUAGAGGCUUCAUUAGGUGACGAUUACAAAGAUCUGAAGGAGGAAUUGCUAGGAUUUUGUCUGAAAAGCUUGAAAUACCCCCUGUUAAUGGCAGAGCUUGAUCAACUGCCUGAAGUCAUUCUGAAGCAUCCUCUAAGGCAGUUUGCUGCUGACAUACUAGACAUUUUGGUGGAUAUUAAAGAAUUGUUUCCAAAACUGUUCUGUUGGCAUGGAUACAAAAAUGAAAACUGGGAAAAUGAGGACCUACUGGAAAUGGACAAAGAACAGUCUGCAGAUUCUUUGGCUUGUCUGUCUUAUUUGGUAUUUGUUCAGGACUGCUUUGGUAUGGACUGCCUGCCGGUAGUUUUCAAGCCGUCAUAUAUUCUGCAGUGCAACAUGGUGCACAUCAGAGUUCUAUUGAAAAGGAAAGAAGAACCUGUUUUAUCGAAAGGAAUUGCUCUAUUGGAGAACUGUCUGCUGAGGCUGGAAGACAAAAGCCUUUUCCUUGAGCACUUGGAGUUCAAAGGCUUUAUUACAACUCCUCAGGAUUUGGUCAAAGUCAUUACACUGUGUCCUUUUGAACCUCUGAGAAAGAAGAGUUUAAAGAUUUUACAGCUGUAUAUAGAUAAAUUUGAUGAAGAGGGAAAAUACACAUUGUUCAGGUGCUUGUUGAAGACAAGCAACCAUUCUGGUGUAGAAGGAUACAUCAUUCAAAAUAUUAAGAAUCAAAUUGAUUUAGCCUUGCGGAGGUUAGAGGACAGCAAGUUUUUUACUGGGUUUGCUUUGGUCUCACUACUAGAUACAGUUCUUUCCCUUCCUGAUGGUGCUGAAACUGAUCUUCUCCAGAACUCCGACAGGAUUAUGGCAUCACUAAAUUUACUGCGAUAUUUAAUCAUUAAAGAUAAAGAAGAUGAAAAUCGAACGUGUGUGUGGACAGAACUUUACAAAAUUGAGAGAAGUUUCUUGAAGCCCUUACAUGUUGGACUUAAUAUGUCAAGAGCACACUAUGAAGCAGAAAUAAAGAACAAAAAACAAAACAAAAAAGAAUCCUGCACUUCUAAGAUUUGCUCUGUAACAGUACCUGGGGAAAAGAUGCCUACUAUGACAACUGAAAUGGAACUUAAAGUUCUUCAUUCAGCCCUUUUCACAUUUGAUUUAAUUGAGAGUGUUCUGGCCAGGGUAGAAGAACUCAUUGAAACCAAAACACAGCCUGCAAUUGGAGAAACUACUGGGAUCAAAUGAAGCAUUUUGUCUCCCUUUUGUCAAUGUUUCACUUCAUGCACUGCGUUUAUACUUCUGACAUUAUGACUUGAAAAUAUAAAGUACCAAGCUUUAAAUAUGUACCAAGUUGUAAUUAUACUGACUGCUGGAAAAGAAGGCCCAAGAAUAUUUUUACACCUUCAGAAGUUCAAGGAAGUGUUAGCUUGGUUGGCAUAUUUGCAAAAUACAUGUAAAGUGUGUGUUAGGUUUAAUUAAACACCACUCUGCCAGAGAUCUGGGCUAUGUUUUUUGGUUGGCAAAACUCCCAGGAGCAUGCAUAACCGUGAGUUUUCAUGGCAUGUGUUAACAUACUAGGCUUUGCAUAACACAACCUGAUUAUAAGAAAAUGUGACAUAGACAUUCAGUUCAUUGUAACAAUGAUGGGGGAUGUGAACAGAAACUUGUAAGUGUGCACGCAGUUUUACUCAAUGGGUUGGACCAGAUGUGCACUUGACGGUGAUCCAAACUCUAAAGGAAAAUGAGGAAACUUUUGCCAGUCCCUUCUUCCCCCUGUAGUCCCCUGUAAAUCUGCUCUGGAGGGUUGUGGCACAAUAUGAUAGGCAGCCACGGGGGUAGGGCGACUGAAGGAGAACAAAGGAAUUGGAAAAAUUCUCUCUCCCUUUUUAUCCACCCCAUAUCCCCACCCCACUCCUUCAGCAAGGAGUCUUUGCUGAAUCUGUUCUGUGAAUGGAAGUAUCCAAUCCUAUUGAAUUAGGCCCCAGUCCAGUGGACAGACCUACAGAAGGUUGGCAUAUUAUCUUUGUAUAACUUGGAUGGCACAGUUUUAUACACACCAUAUGCUGACACUCUACUUCUCACCACCCAAAACACAGCACUGGUGGAAUGAAUUCCAAAGGUAUAUGAUAUAGACCCUCCAAGCAGUUCAGCAAAACAGCAAGGAAAAAGAAGCAUCCAGCAAAAAUUAAGGU